AUGGUAGGGCUUAUUCCAUUGCAAUUGGCAUGUGCAGUGUUAGAUCUCUCUUGAGCAGAGAGCAGACAUUUUGAUGUUCCAUGUGUGGUCUUGCAGUUUUCAGGGAGUAAAGAAAUACUGAAAACAGUAUGCAAAUUUUUCCUUUCUUAACAAAGUGUAAAUAUUGUGGAGAGAGUUCACCUUCUUUAUAAUUAGAUUGUGAAUGUAUGCAAGUUCACCACAGCAACUGAAACUGCCUGUAUUCUAUUUUUAGUGGAUUUCUUAGUAAAGAAGGUGUAGCAGGUAGGACUAGAGUAUCUUGUUACACUAUAUAUGUUACACAUAUAUUAACUUUUGUUUGUAUGUACAACCUGCAAAAUUAAGAAGCCUGCUGUUAUAGUUUCAGAAGAAUGACACAAUACAAAAAGAUCAACAAUACUUCAUUGCAGCUAAGGGGAAAAUCCCCUUCUACUUUCAUCUUUAAAUCCUCAACAGAAGAAAGCUGUUUUACCUGGCUCUACACCUGCAUAGUUAAACCAGAAGACAAAGACGCACAAAACCAUACUGACGAAUCACUUUCAGAUCUCAAGAAAAGCUGCAAGGAAAAUGUCACCUGCUCCUUGUGCUUAUUCCGUGCACCGACCAUCAGUGACAUGCUCAAUGAUGAGGACUUGUUGUACACAGUGAGGCUAAAGCUGGAUCCCUGCCAUCCAACAGUGAAAAACUGGAGAAAUUUAGCAAGCAAGUGGGGGAUGACUUACGAUGAAUUGUGUUUCCUUGAACAAAAGCCCCAAAGCCCCACCUUGGAAUUCUUGCUACGGAAUAGUGACCGGACUGUGGAGCAGCUGAUUGAUCUCUGUAAAUUUUAUAAGAGAAUUGAUGUUGUGAAAGUGCUGCUGAAAUGGGUGGAGGAAGAAUGGCCCAAAAGAGGGAACAGAACUUACCAGAAUGACUUCUAGGUCAAAGCAGGUUGUUAGUCUGUACAUGUUAAAUGCUAGCUACCAGUAAUACACUGGAAGUUUCCCUUGCAAGAGAGAGAAAGCCUGUACUGAGGAUUUGUAUACUGUGUAGGCCUUAUCUACUGUAUACACAAAUGUAAGCUUUAUGCCCUCAGGGUUGCAAAGAUAACUUUCCGAAAGUGGAUGGAAUCAUCCAGGUUGUGUUCUCGAGUCUGCAAAUACCUUCAGUUUCUUUGCUGCUGUUCACAGCCUUCCUAAACAGAAAAGGAAUGAAAGGGCCAGACCACUUGUUUUACUGCAGCAGUUGUGAACCAUAUCAGUUGUAAUUGGGAAAGCCACAGUUAGAAGGCAAGUCUCUUGGCUUUACUAGUAGCCUUUCCACAGUUUCGUUGUGUUCUACCUAGUACAAGAUGAGGUGGAAUUUUUUUCUUCCUUUUUAGUUGUUUUUUAAGCUUUGUGACACUGUUUUUGGCACAGGAACAUCUCAGUGUUCCCAGCAGCAGUUUGGAUAUGAAUGUUACAAUUAACUGAAUAUUCUACAUCACAUUUGAACAAAUUAUGUCUCUUUUAUGAACAAGAGUAGACAUUACACAAUAACAGAUGGUAAACAAAAGAAUUAUUCACAUGCUACUACAUCAUAGGCCAUAUAUUUGCUCUAAGAAGAAAUCAUGCAAUUCAGAGAGACUUUUCAACCCAUAACCUGUGGAGGCCAAAAGAACCAAUUAAAAGGCUCUAUGCUUAAAAUUACUUCCCAAAGGUUUAAAGACAGUGUACAUUCUGAGUGCAUGUAUCAAAUCCCUCUCACUUUGCAGUACAAGAUGAUGGCAGCACAGGGUAUUGUUAGUAUUGACUAUAACUUCACUUUUCACAGGCUGUAGUUUUCUUUACAGUCCUGUGGGUUGGCCUACUUUCUGUCCCACACCACAGCAGUUGCAGUCUUGUGUGAAACUAGCACUAUAUAUUGAUUAAAGCCACUCUAAUGGAAAAUUAACAGCUGAAUUCACAUACAGCCCAGGUGGGUGGUUAUUAAAGCACUUACAGUGGUUUAGACUGUUUUUUGGGUUUUUUUAAAGGAUUUUGAUACUCUGAAUUACACUGUUUACAUUUUAAAUGUUUCAGAAUUGGCCUUUUUCCUACCAUUCUUCUGACAUCUCAGACAAUGUAGUAUGUACAUAGGUGUAUAUACCAAAGCACUGGUCAAGAUGUGAGGCAAAACUUAGAAUGGGGUGCAGGUUGAUACAUUGUUUACUUUUCUCAAGUAGAAAUAAUAAGAAUUAGUAGUGAACCUGAGGGAAGUCUAAUGCUGUAUGCUGAAUUUCUUACUGUAAGAGAUUGAAAAGGGAUCUCUAUUAAUACUUUACUAUAGAUACUGAGUGGUAUGGUUACAGAGGAGCUAGAAGUAAAGACUAACAUUUUCAAUGUCAGGCACUUGUUCUGAGCUGACACAAAAUUGACUUUAUUUUACUGACUUCAAGAAGCUGAAAGUCUUGUUUCAGGGUAAAGAAAUUGACCUAAAUUUGAGGUUUAAAUUUUUAGUUUUUUAGAAAAGACUGGAAUUUGUAAUGAUUUUUUUUUAACCAUUCCUCAAAAGAAGCUGCUACUCUUUAGAACUCUAGUUUUCUAGCUGUAUUUUAGGGAGGAAGUUUUACUGCUCUGUCUUGUUGGGGCUGCAGUUCAAGUGUUUAAUGGUUCUCUUCUGAGCAUGGGUGUUUCCCAACAGAUGUCUGUCAGCUUGUAACUUUUGCCAAUAAUCUUCUGUCUUGUGUUAGAGGCUCUAGAUUCAGCUUUGAGGACUAUUGCUGUGCCUGGGCUGACUGCUGCUUUCAGUUCCUACAGAGGCAUCCACUGCCAAUGUGCAAAUAGCUCAUAAUCCAGCUUGUCCAACAUAAUUCCCAUACCUUGGGCUGACUGCAUGCAUGAUUUAAGAUCAUAUGUCUGUGUGUUAAGUUGUUCUUCGGAGUGAUGAGUACUGGCAUGUAUGCACACAGCUUUUCCCUCCCAUAACAUACCACAGGUAUAUCUGUGUGGUAUUACAAUAUGCUGUGCUUUGGUAGAUCCAGACCAGCUAGGAGCUGGAAUACUCACCUAAGAAUCAGAAUGGGAAUAUGAAAUGAUGCUGUAGCAUUCCUGAAUCAAUGUGUCCAACUGAAAUCUACUCCUUUUCCUGGUUUCUGGGAUUAAACUUGUAAAAUUUUGAAGAAACUCUGUUGUCUUGUGAAGAUCAGUUUGAUCCCUUGAAGCUCUUCAAAAAUUAAUGUCAGAUGCAAGAGUUCAUGUCGGAUGGAAAUAAAGCUGCUUCUGAGAGUUCAUACAUGGAUUCUGUAUAAACUCAGCUCUGAAGGUCGAAAAUGUUAGCCUUAAACUUCACCACACACUGGAUUACUCAUUACUAUACUUGAAAUACUUUUUUUUUCCUCCUUGUAUGGCAUAAAUGGAGAUGUACACACUCUUUUUAGUUUUAUAUCUGUUUACAAGAUAUUGGUUCUGAGUGUUCAAUUUAUUCUUAUGUCUUCUGUUAUAAUGUGUGCUAUUUUUAGAAGAAAUACAGUUGUCAAUGUUUGACUU